AUGCUCUCCAAAGCCCUCGUACUGGCUUGCAUCGUUCGCUCAGCAACACUCUUCCUCCCCCACACAUUCUUUCAGCCGGAUGAGUUCUACCAAGCGUUUGAACCCGCGUACACAUGCGUUUUUGGCGGGGGCUACCUGACAUGGGAAUGGCGCGACCUCCCGGUUCCACUUGACGCGCCGCCCAACAACUGGUGGACCUCGACCAUUGUCGGAGGGAGAUUGAGGGGAUGGAUAUGGCCUGGGGUGUUUAUGUUGGUGUAUCGCCUGGUGCGGAGCGUUGGCUGGGAGGAGACGGAUCUCAUUGCCCUUGCCCCGCGUGCUGUCGGGGUUGUCAUUGCAGCCUUGACAGACUACUACACAUACAUUCUCGCAGCCAAAGUCCUGGGACCUGGUGCUGCACCAGCAGCGUUGUUUCUCUCCCUGACGUCACUGUUCAACGGCCACCUCCUCCUUCGCGCAUUGUCCACAUCACCAGAGACCCUUCUUACAACCGUUGCGUUGUGCUACUAUCCUCUGCCGGCGAGGUCAGUAGUAGAUCCCCGUCCUGGAAACUCGUCUGCAACGGCUUCUCCAGACGGUGGACGUGGUCGUCCUUCCAAACCAAUACCGGUCUCAAACGAUGGAAAGGAAGCCCUCAACUACGUGGCCCUGGACACUGUUGAACGUUGCGACAAAAUCUCCGUACCCAAAGACAAUCUCAUUCUUGCUGCAGCAUUGGCCGCCCUGUCGCUGUCUAUUCGCCCCACGAUGCUCGUCUUUUGGGCUUACAUUCAUCUCGAGCAGUCUCUCCACACAUGGAGAACGCGAGGUAUUUCCGGAUUGACGGGUCUCUCCCUUGGGACUCUGACUGGAGGCGUCACGGUGCUUCUUGUAGCCACUGCUAUUGAUUGGGUCAUGGUUGGCAGAUUGACCCUUCCUCUUGUCACCUUCUUUUACCAAAACGUCGUCCUCAACAUUGCGUCAUUUUACGGCGGGACUGGUAUCUUAUACCACGUUGUUCAAUCCUUGCCCAUUCUCAUGUUCCCAGUCUGGUACUGGUGGGGUCAUGGAUUCGCAGCGGCUCUAUGCCCUUCACUUUCGAGCGUCGAGACGACGGCACCACUGCGAACCCUCGCCCGCGCUAUCACGUUCUCCAUUGCCCUUCUCUCUCUCUCUCCGCAUUCAGAGUGGCGGUUUCUUCAUCCUCUCCUUCCUCAACUAUUGUUAUUCGUCAUUCCGCCUCUCAUUCGUCAGUAUACUCCCGACAUGGCUGCCGGUCGCCGCUUCACACAGGCAGCACGACAAUAUUGUCGCCUACCUCGCCGUCCAUUCUACCUCAUCCUCCUGAGCCCCAUCAUACCGUAUCUUUAUCUCAACAUUUUCCACGGAGCAGGGCAAGUGAGUGCAAUUAAUGCGCUUCGCCGAGGCGAAUUUGGAACCACAGAAAAGGUGGUCGCUCUCAUGCCCUGCCACUCGACGCCUUGGGCGAGCCACCUCGGCCAAGUCGAUGGCUGGUUCCUCUCUUGCGAACCACCUCUCGCCGGCAUAGACCCUUCUCAGCAUCGGACCGAACAGGACCAGUUUUACGCAUCGCCUGUGUCCUACAUUCUGGACGUUUUCCCGACUCGGCCACUACCGUCGUCCUCUUCGGCUGAAACAGACUCAUUACUACCGUCCCACAUUAUUUUAUUUGGCUGCCUACUUGAUGUCACACAGGCUGUGGGACAAGAAAUGUUCUCCGUUCGCCAGUCUUUGGCAUCCCGAGGGUAUCACGAAGCUCGCCACUUUUGGAACGGAUUUGACAUUGCCCAGGACGAGGAAAAGCGGCGCGGCGGUGUUCGGGUGUGGGUCCGUAACUAA